GUUGGAAGAUUUGGGUGUGUUUUGUCAUGAUUUCCCUCCAAUUCCCAAUUGCCCCCGCACGCACUCUUCUUUUGAUUUUUCUAAUUCAUUGUGGCAUAUGAUGAUAUGAUUGCUCUGAGCCACACACUCUAAAACCCCCAGAUUUGAUUCGUUUCCCAGACAAUUUUCAUUUUCCCGGAAAAUCUAAAAACUCAUCCAGAUACAAAAGUUUCCUUUUACUUUCUUAUCCCUCGCCGUCUCUUUUUGCUCUUCAAUUUCUAGGGUUUGCUUUCGCUCCUUUCUGUUUCCCGAGAACAGAGUCGUGAUUUGCUCCAGGUCACUUUGGCAUGGAUUCUCAAGCACAAACUUUCCACCAGCGCUCAGUGUCUAUCAAACUAUGGCCCCCGAGCCAGAGCACCAGGAUACUGCUUGUAGAACGAAUGACCAAGAAUUUCAUCACUCCAUCCUUUUUGUCUAGAAAGUAUGGUCUGCUCAGUAAAGAAGAGGCCGAGGAGGAUGCCAAGCAAAUAGAAAAUAUAGCUUUUGCAGCUGCUGACCAACAUUUUGAGAAGGAACCAUAUGGUGAUGGAAGUUCAGCAGUUCAAAUUUAUGCUAAAGAGUCCAGUAAGCUUAUGCUGGAAGUUCUCAAAAGAGGGCCCAAAGUAAAGGAACAUGGAGAGGUGAUGCAAUAUGAGAAAGAUACUGCUACCCAUGGAAGUGUCUUUGAUAUAUCUGGGAGUCGCCGGUCCUUUAUUGAUGCUGAGGAGGCCGUGGAACUGUUAAAACCAUUAAGGGAUCAUGAAAAAUUGUAUACCAAGAUUUGUUUUAGCAAUAGAAGCUUUGGUCUGGAUGCAGCCCAUGUUGCUGAGCCAAUCUUAACAUCUAUCAAAGAUCAAUUGAAAGAAGUAGACCUGUCAGAUAUUAUUGCAGGAAGGUCAGAAACAGAAGCUCUUCAAGUCAUGAAUAUAUUUUCUUCAGCCCUGGAAGGAUGUGUUUUGAGGUAUCUCAAUCUUUCAGACAAUGCCAUGGGUGAAAAGGGUGUCAAUGCAUUUGGGUCACUCCUGAGGUCACAAACUAAUCUAGAGGAACUUUAUUUGAUGAAUGAUGGCAUAUCAGAAGAAGCUGCAAGAGCAGUUUCGAAGUUUAUCCCAUCCACUGAGAAGCUUAGGGUCCUUCACUUUCACAACAAUAUGACUGGAGAUGAGGGGGCAAUUGCCAUCUCUGACAUGGUAAAACGUUCACCUCUCUUGGAGGAUUUUCGUUGUUCUUCCACAAGGGUGGGCUCCGAAGGGGGCAUAGCUUUAGCUGAAGCACUUGGGACAUGUUCCCAUCUGAAGAAGCUUGAUUUGCGUGACAACAUGUUUGGAGUACAAUCUGGGAUUGCUCUGAGUAAAUCUCUAUCUGCUUUUGCAGAUCUUACUGAAAUUUACCUGAGUUACCUUAACUUAGAAGAUAAAGGAACAGAAGCCCUUGCUAAUUCUCUUAAAGAGUCUGCACCCUCACUUGAGGUUUUGGAAAUAGCGGGAAAUGACAUUACAGCCAGAUCGGCUGCUGCUUUAGCAACCUGUAUAGCAGCGAAACAAUUCAUUACCAGGUUAAACUUGUCUGAGAAUGAACUGAAGGAUGAAGGUGCGAUUUUGAUCAGCAAAGCAGUUGCAGAGGGUCAUGGUCAGUUAACUGAGGUUGACUUGAACACAAAUUCAAUUAGAAGGGCUGGAGCAAGGGCGUUGGCACAGGCUGUUGUGCACAAACCUGGGUUCAAGUUGCUGAACAUAAAUGCUAAUUUCAUAUCAGAUGAGGGGAUUGAUGAGGUAAGGGAGAUUUUUAAGAAUUCACUGAAUGUGCUUGGGCCUUUGGAUGAGAACGACCCUGAAGGAGAAGAUCUUGAUGAGGAGGCUGAAGAGGAUGCUGAUAAUGAGGUUGAUUUGGAAUCAAAGCUUAAGGGCCUUGAAAUCAAGCAAGAAGAGAAUAACUGAUACAUGCAGUUUGCUGCCUUUUGUUAAUUUGAUUUAAAACUUGUUCAGAUUCCAACUUUUCUGAUUAGCUAGAUUGUUUCCAUAUGAGCUAUUUCAGCGGUUUUUAAGCCAUGGUGAAAUAGAUCGGUUGUUGUAGACUAGGCUCGUUAUUUGAAACAUUCAACAUUCGAGAGUCUAGCUAGUUGUAUGCUCUCGUGUCCCUGUUACUUAAGUUGCUGGCAGCCAGUUUUCUGGUUAUGUAUGCAAAACUGGGUCAGCCGAGUAGAGUACUGGUUGAGGUACAUGGCUACAUAUAUUUUGAAUUCA